AUGGACACGAACGAGGAUCGGGAACAAUACGUGGAAGAUCUAUUGGCGUCUCUUCGAGAACAGAUCGAUGAGGAAAAUGACAAAGAAAGGGAGCAGCAGCAACAGCAGCAAAGUGAAGUUGAUAACGAAGCGACCGAGAAUGACAACAAUGAGCAGGCAGCAGAAGAAAGUGGAUCGAGUAUGCCGAAUGGGUUAUCAACGCCUGUAGACGUGGUGUCUUCCAACCAGCCCAAGAAGAAGAAGAAAAAGAAAAAGAAAUCCAAGACAGCCAACCUUCCUGAAGCUGGCAGCGAGAUCCCUGACAAUUAUCAAGAAAAGUACAACGAGGAUGUGAUCGAUAAUCCUUAUGAUCCAUCAUUGCCUUUAUCCCAGCGCGUCGAGUAUGCUAUUUGGAAGUACAAGAAGAAUCACAAGUUUUCAGAGGGAAAGCGCGCCAUCUUUGACAACUAUUUGCGCUUUGGUGGUAUUGAGACGGGUCCCAAUGCAUUUAUGGGUCGUGCGACGGGUGGUGAUCAAGAUGCUGACGGUGAACCAGAUUGGGAUGCUGCCAAAAUGAGCACAGCUAUUGUUCCAGAGGAUGAUGAAGAACUCGAGGUCAACUUCACGGAGGUGGCUCAAGUCUAUCUUGGCAACACUUUUGUACGCGAGAGUUUAUUCAUUGGACAACAAGAUUUCAUUGAUGCACCUCUUUUGGUGGACGCAUUUUUACGCUAUCUCCAAAUCCGGAACGUGUGUCCCGAAUAUGCCGAUGAUAUCGCACGUGCACGUCAAGUCGUCGCUCAAGCCAAGAUCGAACUUCCUCUAUGCAAGAAGAUCAUGUCAGGAUUACCAGGCGAUUUCAGCAGAGCAUGUGCUGUGUUAUUUGGUGGUGGUAUGCAAUCAGCUUGGGCGUUUGAGGCAGCUUCAUGGAUGGGAUCAACAAACAAGACAAAGAACAUGUUUGACAAGUUUAUGAUGGAUACAUUUGGAGAUGCCAAGGAACAAGAUGAAGCAAAGGCCAUGGUGUCGCCUGUUGUCAAGGAUCCAGAUCAGCGAAAGACGGUGGAUCAACGUGAGAACCUCUUUGUCAAGCUCAAGGAUAUUGAACAAUUGGAUGCCAAGGCCCCAGAUAAUACUUUGGCCAAGGUUACUCUCGCCAACUAUGAAGAUGAAAACGAUACCCUGGAUAUUUUGUUGGAGCAUAGCACCACAAAGCACAUGAUGCCUGGAAUGGUCAUGACUGUCACCGUUUGCCAGUUGGAUAAUGGCUUUUGGUAUUUGGAUCGGGCCAAUUGUGUGAUGCCUUCCUUUUACAUGUAUGACGAUUGUAUGGAUCCCGAUGUCUUUUGCUACUCGUAA